AUGCCUCGCGACGCCGACAGAAAUGGCGACGACGGCCAGGAUGCUUCUUCCGCCAGCCAAUCAAAACGUCCAUCCCUCCGACACCGAGAUGCGAGUGACUAUUCGCAGACAAGUGACCACACCCGGGACAGCGCAUCCUCCACACGAGAACACCAUCACCGCCCCAAGCACCACCACCACCACCAGAAGCACGUUGUCGGCGGUGGCAGGCUACACGCCCGAAUCCCCUCCUCCAAGGCUCUGCACAAGCAGCAGAACACGGCGCACGCCUCCAAGCUCAACAACCAGCGCCGACAUCACUCACCCUCUCCCGAGCGCGAACGAGAACGAGAACCAGAACCAGAGCGUGAUCGCGAUCGCACAGAGCGAUCCACCAGACCAGGUCACCGACGAGUCCAGUCCGAAGCCAAGCUGUCGCGCGACAGCUCCUCCUCCAACCUGAAGAGCAACACCUCUGCGGCGAGCUUGCGCCGCAACAGGUCCCAUGUCGAGGUCGCCCACAAGCGUACCAAGUCAUCCGACAAGCUCAAGCGCACCGCCUCCAAUCCCGCCGUCAACAAGGUCAAGGCCUCGACCAAGUCGCAGGUGCAUUUCGACCUCGGCAGUGACGGCCAGGAGGACGAAUGGGUCGACGCGAGCGGUUCAGCCUCGCCGUACCUGUCGCGUCGCGGAUCAAUGGCCAGUGGUCAGGGGUCCGCGAAGCCUGGCUCUUCGGCCGGCACAGGAUCACGGCCUCACACACCAGCAGACAAGGCCUCCCUACCCUCGUCCCCCUCACCGCCUGUCAUGUCGACACCGGAUCGGCAGACACUGCAGCACAAGGAGUAUCUCACCUCACGCCUCCUGCAACGAACGCCCUCCCAAGGCAUCGUGCCGCCACAGAUAACCAAUGACACAGCGGAGCCCGUCUCGCGAAACCGUUCGCCCGACUCCUUCGGCCGCCAGUCGACGCUCGACGAUGACUCGAACAGCGUCAACGCCGCAGGCAGCGCCGGCGGCGACGAGCUGACGUCGCGCUUUGUCGGCGCCGCCAGCUCAGGCAACACGCGCAACUCCUCCUUCUACCAUCCUGACCCGUCCCGCCCCACGAGCCGCCGCUCCGACGCCGCCCCUGACACGCCGCACCGCGCUCUCUCUACGACGUCAUCCAACCGCACGCCGGCAUCAGGCAAUAGCGACGUUGACGACACGAGCGCCCUCGCCCCGCGCAACGCGCGCCGCAACGCCCCCCAGUCCCGCGUCCAGCAGAAACUUAACCUACAGCGCGCCAGCUCCGUCAUUGAGCCCUCCUCCACCAGCACCCACAGCUCGGCACACCAUCACUCAGGCGGCAUGUCGACAAUGGGCAUGGGCAUGGGCAUGGGCAUGGGCAUGGGCAUGUCGCUCGGCGGUCCCAAUACGGUGGGCGCGACGCCGCUCGUGGCCGUCGCCAACCCGGGCCACGACGGCGGCACGUCGCGCGACCCCCGCGUUGCCAAGCAGCUCGAGCGCACGGGCAUGGAGUACCUCAGCGUGCGGCGCUACCAGAACCCCGUCGUCCGCUCGCUGGACCGCAUCGCCGCCGCCGUCCAGGCUGCCAAGAAGCCCCAGCGCAUCCCCCACGGGCGCAACGGCCUCAUCGCCGCAUCGAAACCGCCCGCCCUGCGCCCCGGCGGCGCUGGCCAUGCGCGCAACGUCAGCCUCGGCGCCGCCAGCGCGACCGGCACCGGCAACAGCCACAGCAGACCCGUCACGCCGCGGGCGCAAUCCGUGCGGACGCUGCGCAGCACGGGCGCCGGAUCGAGCUUUGAUGCCGAAGGCGGCGGCGGUGGGACGACGACACAGCUCAGCGGAUCGAGCCUCGUCGGUGGCGAGGACGACGACGCGGCGGGCGAGGGGCUCAACACGCUGCUGAGGAACCUAUGGGAGAAGAACAUGAACCUGAGCGCCAGUCAGGACUAG